UCUGCUGUAUUUCUUCUUCCUUCCGAAAUCCCCAAAUCAAACACAGGGCGCGCAUGCAAUUUCUUCGUCUUUCUCCUCCUCCUUAUGGAAAUUCAUCUCAUUUUACUCUGGUGAAAGAAACCCAACUGUUGAUUCGUUGGAACAAGAAUCUCAAACCGGUCCACUACAAAUUCUGUUGAAACCAUAUAAUUUUUGUAUCUAGUAAUGAUAUUAAAGGAGAGGCUUACUAGCAUCUGCCGUCUUCUAAUUUGAACCGGGCUUCAUUGAACCAAGAAAUUGAACGGACGGUUACCAGAUGAACAUAUUCAAGAGCAAGGCGAAUAUGGAAACACAAGAAAUGAUCGUGGGUGUACAAAUUGAAGAAGAAAAGAUUGCAGACAAGGAUCUCGAGAAACGAGAUCAGCAUGCUAAAGAUUGUUCAGAAAAGUCUGAGGAGAUUUUCGAGAAUUCUAGGAUAUGCUUAAAAUGUGGAAAUGCUGGGCAUUAUAUGUUUUGUUGCCCAAAUGAUUAUUCUCAUGAAGAUUUAAAGGAAAUAAAAUGCUAUAUUUGCAAGAGAUCUGGUCAUCUUUGUUGUGCUGAUUUCAAUGAUCCUGGUCCGAGGGAACUUUCUUGUUACAACUGUGGAGAGUUGGGUCACAGUGGCUCGAAAUGUAAAAGACCAGUGACAGAAGAAUCUAUCAGUAAUCCUCCAUACUAUAGUGCAAACAAGGUACAAAGAAGAAAUCUUGAUAAGCAAAUUAAGUAUUCGAAGAGAAAGAAACCCGCGCCUUCUGAUCUUGUUAAAUCUCACAAGAAGGCCAAAACCCAAUCAGAAGCUUCCAUUCAGAAACUUGAUAAGAAAGUUAAACACUCGAAGGGAAAGAAAUCUGCCAUUUCUUCUAAACUUGUUAAUUCUCACAAGAAGGCUUCUGACAGCAAUAGAUGGAGAUCUCCUGCAACACCAAUUAAUCGUCGAGCUAACUUCAAUCCUCACAUUCCAUCUGCAAACUCUGAUUUUAAUCGAUCAGCCAGAUUUGACCCAAUCGAUGGCAGAAAUAUGCUUCCAUCUGCAAACUUAGAUUUUGAGCGUCAAUUCUGUUCGCCAAGAUUUCACCCAAUCGACGGUAGAAAUUUGCUUCCAUCCGCAAACUUUGAUUUUGAGAGACAAUUCCAUUUGCCAAUAUUUCACCCAAAUGAAGUUAGAAAUGUGGUUCCAUCUGCGAACUUUGAUUUUGAGCGACAAUUCCAUUCGGCAAGGUUUCACCCAAACCACAAUAGAAAUGUCGAUCCAUUUGCAAGCUUUGAUUUUGAGCGACAAUUUCAUUCACCAAGAUUUCACCCAAACGACAAUAGAAAUGGGCUUCCAUCUACAGAUUUUGAUUUUGAGCGACAAUUGCAUUCACCAAGAUUUCACCCAAACGAGGGUAGAAAUGGGCUUCCAUAUACAGAUUUUGAUUUUGAGCGGCAAUUCUAUUCGCCAAGAUUUCACCCAAACGAGGGUAGAAACGGGUUUCCAUCUGCAGAUUUGGAUUUUGAUAGAUCAACAACACUUCAUCAGCAACAAUUUCAUUUACCCAGAUUUGGAGAUCCUAUUCAUGAUUGGGUAAGAGGUAACUAUAGUAGAUAGCAUAAACUUUUGUGUUACUAUUAGAAAGAGACAAGGAAUUGUGAUAUGAAAGAUAUGGCCAUCAUUUUGAAUGUUUUUAUUUGUUGUUCCU